GGCGGCCUCGUUGUGAGGCGGCGGCAGUGGCGGCGGCAGCAGCAGCAGCAAUGGAGGGCGGCUGCGAGGAUGGCGGCGAGGACUACGAGGCGUUCGUGGUGCUGCACGGGCCGGCGCUGCGGGCCUCCGCCAUCCCGGAGCGCUACUGGGGCCGCCUCCUGCACAAACUGCACCGGGAGAUAUUUGAUGCUGGUGAGAUGUUUGGAAUCAUGCAAGUCGAGGAGGUUGAGGAAGAUGAAGAAGAUGAUGGAGAAAUGCAAGAAGAAUUGAAAAAGAAACCAAAUCCAGGGAACGAACUCUGUUAUAAAGUAAUUGUGACCAAUGAAAACGGACUGCGAGCAAAUGAUCCCAAUAGCAUAUUUCUUAUUGACCAUGCCUGGACGUAUCGUGUAGAACAUGCCCGCCAGCAGCUGCUGCAGGUUCCGGGGCUGCUACACCGGAUGGCCAACUUGAUGGGGAUUGAAUUUCAUGGGGAAAUUCCAGAUGAGGGCCCCGUGGAUCUGGUUUUGGAAGAAAUGUGGAAGUACAACCAGACUUACCAGCUCUCUCAAGGGACUGCAGAGGAAAAGGUUCCUGUGUGGUAUAUCAUGGAUGAAUUUGGAUCUAGGAUUCAGCACUCAGAUGAGCCAAGCUUUGCAACAGCACCCUUAUUUUAUAUGCCUCAGCAGAUCGCCUACACAGUUCUUUGGCCCCUGAGAGACCUUGAAACAGGUGAGGAGGUGACCCGGGACUUUGCCUAUGGAGAAAUGGACCAGCUAAUCCGGAAAUGCGUGUUGUUGCCAUGGGUUCCUGCGGACGUGCUGGACAUCAGCUCCUCUACCCCUGAGCCAUCGGAGGAACACUACCAGGCCAUUUUGGAAGAAAACAAGGAGAAGCUUCCCAUUGGCAUAAGUCCUCCAACUUAUCCCAAAAGUCAUGUAUUCAGGGUUUACACAGAUCUCCAGCAGGUGCUCAGCAACCUCAAGCAUCCACGCUUUCAGUUCACCGCUGCGGAGGCCGAGGCAGACAUCUUGUACAACUUCUCUCAUUUCAAAGACUACAGGAAAUUCAGUGAAGAAAGGCCUCAUGUGAUGCUCAAUCAGUUCCCUUGCGAGAACCUCUUGACAGUGAAGGACUGCCUUGCCUCCAUCUCCAGACGAGCAGGGGGACCCGAAGGGCCUCAGUGGCUGCCCAGGACCUUCAACCUCCGGACGGAGCUGCCCCAGUUCAUCAGCUACUUCCAGCAACGAGAAAGGAGGGGAGAAGACAACCACUGGAUAUGCAAACCUUGGAACUUAGCUCGAAGUCUCGACACCCAUGUCACUAACAGCCUGCACAAUAUCAUCCGGCUCCGAGAGAGUGCCCCGAAGGUAGUCUCCAAAUACAUAGAGAGCCCCGUCUUAUUCCACCGAGAAGAUGUGGGAAUGGUCAAGUUUGACAUCCGCUACAUUGUGCUGCUGCGCUCUGUCAGGCCCCUGAGACUCUACGCCUAUGACGUGUUCUGGUUGCGAUUCUCCAAUCGGGCUUUCGCACUCAAUGACUUGGAUGACUACGAAAAGCACUUUACUGUGAUGAACUAUGACCCAGACGUGCCUCUGAAGCAGGUCCACUAUGAUGAGUUCAUUCCCCUGUUUGAAAAGCAGUACCCAGAAUACCCAUGGCAGGGUGUGCAGGCCGACAUCUUCAAGGCCUUCACCGAGCUGUUCCAGGCCGCUACUGCCAAGCCCGCGCCCUUGGGGAUCUGUGACUACCCUGCAUCCAGAGCUGUGUACGCCAUUGACCUCAUGCUGAAGUGGGACCACUCUCCUCCUCCUGACAGCAGGAAAGUCAUGCAGCCCCAGAUCCUGGAGGUGAACUUCAACCCGGACUGUGAGAGGGCUUGCAAGUACCACCCCAACUUCUUCAAUGAUGUAUUCAGCGCCUUAUUCUUGGAUGAGACAAAGAACUGUCAUGUGACCUGCAUCAUCUAGGCCAGGGAUGCUCCCCUCCCCCACGCUCCAGGGCCUCUCCCUCUGGCCCAGGAGUUGCUCAGACUAGUGCUUCCCUUCAGAGCAACUGUGGAGGGGGGCUCUGGGGUCUGAAAUGCCAGGUGAAGAUGGGGAAUUCUGCUAGUGACCGGCGCAGACACUGACUGCACUCUGGUCACUUUUUGCAUUGAAUUUGCUUGGUGGGCAGGACCCCCAGUCCCAUUCAUUGGUAGCACAGGCAGACCUGGAUAUAUGUGUUCAUAUGUUCUCUGAUGGCCACACUCCCUCCCUGUUGGCCAGUGUCGAAAGGCGCUUCAUUCCAUGAUUUCCCCCCUUUCCAAGUGUAAAGCAAGGUAUGGGAGCUUGUUAAAUCUUCCUGAGUCGUGUUUUCCCCACACUUAGCAAGAAGGAAGCCUUCACCAGCAGCAUCGCCGUCGCGUUUGGAAUCCUCCAAUGAAGAGGACUAUUUGCCAAAGAACCUUUUUGAUGAUGGCUCGUCUGGCACUCGGUGAUUUAUAGUCAUGAAGCAUUCUUCACAAUUAUCUGAAAUUGUUGGUAGGGCUUGUGUUUACAGGAGUGGAGGUGACGUGUCACAUGACAGUGGCUCAGACCUCAGCCCAGGUAAUUUUAUCAUCUUUUCAGGAUUCAGAACUGUGCGUACACAUACACACGUGUGCACACGCGUGUGCACACGCGUGUACAUACACACGUCCUGCUGGCUCCACUUACUAUCUUGUUCCAGUUGUCUAGAUUUCAGGACUGAGGAGCUCUGAAUCUGCUUGGUCCCAGCUGGUUUUCUCUUAGGCCUAGACACCCAAGUCAUUUGUUUUUUAAAAGGCUUAAAGACUCCUUUAAAGUGAUCAUGUUUUGAGUAUGAGAAUUGAAAUGCACACGGGCUGGUAGUCACAGAGAAGAGGCCAUCCUGGUUUCCUGUUUGGUGAUCUGCUCCCAGUCACAGGCGUACUACAUUCCAGAGACAGGCUCAGGCCGUGACUGAUGGCUUGGGCUUCCUCAGUUUGCUCAUCUACAAAAUGGACUGAUAGUCCUUGCCCUGGCCACCUUUCACAGUAGCUGUGAUAAAUGUGAAGGCCUUGUUGCUACAAAUCACUGCACCAACAGGAAUGAUUACUCCGCUCUGUGUCACCAACCUGUGCCCCACAAGGCCACCGUCGCUGACCUUUGGCUGAAGGACAGCUGCUGUCUUCCUCCUGCUGAGGUUUUCUGGGAGAACAAGGAUCAUUGAAUGUAUUGGGCUCCCCCCCUUUGGUUUCCUCUCCCAGAGAGCUGUCCUUUACCAUGAUUUGUAAUCACAAUAAAGUCCUGCUUUCUAUUUAA